AUGGAGCAGCUGCUGAACGACCACGAGCUCUCUGCCGAGAUCCAGAGCCUGCGCGCGACCGUCGACCUCCUCGCGUCGCAGAAGCUGCGGUACCCGAACAACUACGUUCCGCCUGUCGAGGAGCGACACAAGCGUGCCACGCUGGUCAAUGUCCCCGUUUGUGAACCGCCCACCACGACACACGGAAGCGACGACGAUGACGCGCCCGUUAUCGAGACGCUUAACCUGACUAUCAAGUCGCUGAAACCGCCCCUCACGUUCACUCUUGCGGCACGACCAACGGCGACAAUUGGCGACUUGAAGGCGGAACUGUCGGCGAAAGAGGCGGAUGCUCCGGUUCCUCAGGCCCAACGGUGGAUCCUGAAGGGCAAGGCGAUGGGCGACACGAAGCUGCUGAAGGAGUUCGCGGUCCAGGAUGGGACGGUUGUCAACCUGAUGGUUACCAAGACCACAACACCGCCCGCCGCAUCAACCUCUUCCGACCCAUCCGAUGUUCCCGCCCUUACUCUCUCCGAACCUUCUUCUUCCUCUUCCAACCCCCCACAAGUCUCCCUCUCUCGCGACCUUGACCAUCUGCCUCUCACGACCUCUACCUCAUCCGACAACCCCCAACUCGCCGGCGACUCCGACGCAUUCCUCUCGACCGUCUCCUCCCCCUCUCUCUGGAAAGACGUGCGGAACGUGUGCGAGGCGAGGUUCGACAAGAAGGACGAGGCGCAGAGAGUGUGGGAGGGGAUGUUUGCGGGCGCGAGGGAUUGGAUCAGCCCGAACGACAAGGCACUCAUCCGCGAGCAGGUCGGGUACUCGGCGAUGGGCGGUGUCUAG